AAUCACUUUAUAUCAAUCAGAAAUUGAAAUCGAACGUAUUUCGUCAAACAACAAUGCCUCACUAUGAUCAACUGAUAAAUACCAAUGAAAACAUAUUAAUAUGUAUUUACUGUGUUUAUGCCAUUCAUCCUUAAUUGUUUAAGAUAAGAGCAGUCGAAAACAGGUCAAAGUUUAAUCAUUGACGCAAUCGUACAAAGUUGCAUCAAACCAUGCUGUUUUUACUUUGGAUAGCUGCUAGUAGUAUUCAGACACUAUAUGCUUGGAAGUGCUUGUUCUGUUCCGAUGCCGUUACACCAACCGAUUGCUCAAAAAUACAAAGAUGUGGUCCAUAUGAGGAGUGUUUGACUGACAAGUAUCUAACUGCAGGCGGAGACACACGAUACAACUUAGGUUGUAGAGACACGAAGCAAUGCAAACGCUCACAAGCUGACUUUAAGGACAUCGGAAAAACAAUGGUAUGUAGUGAAUGCUGUUCCGGAAAGGUGUGUAACAGUGCUGGAUGCAAAUAUAAAGGUUAUCCCUCUCCUCGAGGCCCGAUAUGUACUAACUGCCCGAUGCAAGCUGAUGUAGACGGCUGUGACAAUAUAACAAUGUGUCAACAGGAUGAGGUAUGUAUGCUGGGCUUUCAUGGGCAGUUUGGUUUCCGUACACAAUGCGAAAAACAAACGGUUUGUUAUAGAAAUCUUCACGAUCUGUGGCUUAACAUUGAAAUACUUGGAAAGCGACAAUUACAGAACACGUUCAAAUGGGGUAAUGGAUGUAUGAAGUGCUGCAACACCGACAUGUGUAAUGACAACUGCAAUGAAACAUCAUCGUCUGAUUAUAUUGCUAAUUAAACAAUGCUAGAAACACAAAGAAUGUUAGUAAGUAACUUAUUGUCA